AUGUCCGCACCACAAUUCUGGUCGACGCCAUUCCGAUACAUGCGAUGGGCAGCGCAUGAGAAACCUGCUAUCUUCUUCAGCGUUAUCAUCGGCUCGCUAGGCCCUGUGGCCCUUGUGGCCCUGCCGCCCAUCCGACGGUAUUUGGGCGACGUGGACCCCCCCCCGAUUCCAUUGACUUAUCCAAUUAGUAAGCAAGCGGAGGUGGGCGGGGAGAUCGCGGGCAGACGAAAAACAGCAACUUGUCACCACCUCCAUUGA